AUCCCCCAGGUGUGCACCACCAAAGAGUGCGUCGAGAUAAGCGCCACCAUCUUAGGGAAGAUCGAUUGGUCAGCGAAUCCCUGCGUGGACAUGUACCAAUUUGCAUGUGGUCAAUAUAACUCCAAGGAAUCAACGGAGUGGCUCAUUCUAUUUUUAGAAAUUUCCCUCAGGCGUUUCAAUGAGGAUGUGUCAAAGGUCAAGUAUCUUUAACCGAAUUGAUUCUAACCACCCCCGAUAGCCAUCCAUAGGAUCCGGUCAUUAUAGUUUUAAAUAUAAGUGCAGUUAAGUAAAAUUUGGAUUUAAGAUGUCUAAUUUUUCAAAAAUUCAACGCACGUAUUCGACAUUGGGUUGAUGGUGCCGGCACAGAGAACCAUAGAACCUCCGUUUGAGACAUUCCAUUUCUCUUUAACUGUGUUCUGCAUUAACGUAGCCCGGGGGGAGGGGGGAGGGGGAGGUUCGGCGGGCAUGGGUUCGGGCGCAGACCGCACACAGUUUAGAGAACCACGUUUAAAGACUUUAUUUAGGUAAUUUGUAAAUUGAAAAACUGACCACAGAUCCCUUGAACGCCUGUCUGUUUAACCUAGAGCAGGCCUGCAAAACAUACGGCACGCCUUACAUUUUAAGUUGUGGAGCCCUGUUUCAGAGGGACAAGAUUAACUUUAAAGCACGUCCCGUUACUUUUUCCAAUCUCUCAAACCCAUUAUUUUCAACCCCAAAGUCAUAUCAACGAACAUUUUAGCGCCCCUAACUAGCCUGGCGCCCUGGUACAUAUCUCCCUCGCUAUGCCCCCCCCCCUGUUAGCCACGCCUCUGGUUUAAUCUUCAAAUACAUUGCAUGCGGACAGAACCUAAACAUUGUAAGACUCAACUUUAGAAUAUAAAGAGCGGACUGUAUAAGCCGGUACAUUUUGCGAUAUCUUUAUACAGACUAUUUUAUAUUUGGAUAUUACGAGCUACAUUAAACAGAGAUGCAGAUGCGUAGCUAGGGUGUUUGGCGCCCCGGGGACAAGAUUCAUUUUAAAGCGCCUCCAUUUCUUUUUGUCCACGCUCAAACCCAUUAUUUUCGUCAAUAAAAUAAUAUCAAAGCACAUUUUUGGCGCCGCUAACUUGUCAGGCGUCCAGGGACAUAUGUCCCCCCCCCUCACUGCCACCCGUAGCUGCGCCUCUGCAGACACGUGCCGUUUUUACAUGGCUUACUCGGCAUAUGAUAAAAAUAGUUGAUAUAAGAGUGUAUGUAAAGAGUUGUUUUAUCAUCUUUAUUUAAUACAAGAAAAUAUGACCUAAUGUUAUCGAGCUAAUAAUGGGAGGCAGUUUGCGACAAUUUCCACCUUCUAUUGUGAAAACUCACCCCAAUUCCGUAUUUUUUUUUUAAAAAGUACCUAUGCAAUGAUGUUACGUUCCUAACAUCAUUAAAAGUUUUAAGAACUAUUUUUCUGCAAAUAUUAUUCGCCUACUUUAACCUUUUUCGCGCCACUAAACUAAAAUUAUUAUUUUUUCUCUAUAAACAUGACCGUAAAUUGCCAAAUCUAAAUGAUCAUUAAUUAAAUCAUUAUUGUCGCUAAAUGAGUUCAUUGACGGCUGAUUUCUACGCUAGAGAAAUACGUUAGAUAUCAUGCGUCAUAAAAUUGUAAGAUGUUGGGCCUACACUUGCACUUUUCGUGACCAUAAACUAAUUUUGUUCUCUAAAAAUUGUGAAAACUUAUUCCUAAAUGUAAAGCAAAAACUUUAUAUACCAUUUUUAAUAAAUUUGACAUUAACUGAAUUUGACAUAAAGAUAUCUGCAUUAAAAAUUGACCAAAAUUUUGCCUUUGUUUCAUACUAUAUUAUCAUAAAGUCCUAUAACAAAGAGAAAUUGUUUCGGAAGAAUAAUCUCCUGACCGUUUUUUUCCCGUCUGUCACAGCCUUCGGUGUAUUUUUUGACAGAAAUUUUUAUUAAUCUCAUAAAAAUAGACACCCACUUUACUUUUCGCAAAGUAUUAUUUUUAAAAAAACAAAACAAAAAAACAUCUUUAUUUUUUAAAAUUAAAUUUUCACUUGUUAAAAAUAAUUGGGUUUUUAUAUUCAGGUUUAUACUUCUAUAAAUGUUGUACCCACGUUUUGUUAACGCCAUUGAUUGUCUUAGUUUUUAAACAUGUGUUUGUUUGUAAAAAGAUAAUACAACACCUCUUUUUCACAACUGUAAUAUCAUUGGACUGAUCCACGUGAAUAUAUGUACACACCCUAUUUCCUACCCCCCCCCCGAUAUGUAUGUACCUAUGACGGUUCAUUAUCUAUCAAAUCCAUUCCUUUAUCUUGAAACGUAUCUAGUGCUGCUUGGACACAAAAAUGAAAGCAUCGACCCUCCCUCCAAAGAUCUUAAUAAACAUUAAUAAAAUCAUCCAACAUGAUUGUAGCAGCGAGAUAGGCAAACAAACAUAUUUUGCACUUCAUAUGGUUUGUUCUUAUUAGGAUGAGUGGUAAGUGCAUUACUGAAUGCUAUUGGGCCAUGGAGUUUCUCUGCACUGAUUAUCUUAAACGGCAUGAUAUUCUUAUAAAGAAUAUUAUUAAAUGUAAAGUUUUUUAUUACGUUAUAAAUUUAAUUAAAGUACAUUUUUGGAAAGAAAUAAAAAGUAAUAACCUAUUAAAUGUUAAAAGUACAAAGCUUAAAUUUUGUGUGUUUUUAUUAACAAUUUAAAAAGAAAUCAUUCAUAUUUAUUAAUGUUACUUUUAAGAAGGGGAAAAUGUAUUAUCAGUUUUGUCACGCGCGGCUAUUAAAUCAAAGACAUUUAGAGCUUGGGCUAAAAUAGGCCAUUCGCGAUAGGACGUCAUUAAAACAAACUAAUUUAAAUUUUAUUUCGCACUAAAAUACGCACUAAAAGAGACAAAUGUUUGUGUUUUCCCGAUACAAUGUGAUUACGAUGUAACUCUUUGAUCACAAUACUUCAAUUAAUUUUUGUGUAACUGUCAAACUCCAAAUUUCUAUAAAUUUGCUUCUUGAAACACCAUUUGUAUUAUUAAAACUUAAAUUGUUUUGCUCAGCAAUGUCAUAGACAGAUGGCAUUAAACGGGAGGUGGUGGGGGCGCAAAUUUUAGGAUUUGGCCCCCGGGCGCACAAUAUCAUAGCUACACCUCGGACACCCAGGCGCAGCCUUUCCUACGCACAGCCUUAGAAUCACACGUAAUAAUUAUGACAUAAUCGGUCAUGGAAAAUUGUUCUAGAAUUUUUUUUUGUAAGUUGUGAAGAGGUGUUAAGGUGUGGUUCAUGGCCUUUAAUUUUUUUAUUUUUUAUUUUGGUGAGCUUUUAGUUGUUGUUUUUUCACCCCUCCAUUAGUGUUUAAACCUGGGAAUGCUAUUGUUCACGUAGCGUGUAGACCAGGGGCUCCUCGACAAGUAGUUGUGUAUUCUUCUAGCAACUUAAAUAAUACAUUAAAAUUAAUGCGACCUUGAAAUAGUGUUUUUAUAUUCGUAACACAAGAAUAAAUGACCCGAUGUUGUCGGGGAAUUAAUGGCGGCCACUUUGCGAUAAUUUUCACCUGCGAUGGAGAAACCCCAUCGAAAUUUCGUCUUUUAAAAAUAAAUAUCUAUGUAAAUAGUGUUUAAGUUUCCAACAUCAUUAAUUAAAUGUUAUACGCCUACCUUUUCCGUUUUCGCGCCCCCUAAACUGCCAUUAUUAUUCCGAUAACGUCGGAUCAUAUCUUCUAGUGGUGCAAUAAAAUCUGAUAAAUUUUAUUUUUAGCACAUUUAUAUGUAUUCGAGUUCCAUAAAAUAAUAGAAAUUCCCUAUAAUUGUUUUUAAGACUCCCAAUGUAUUUAAAGCAAUUCGUUUCUUUAGCGCUAUUUUAAAUUAUAUUAUAUUUUUAUCAUUUUUUAUGUGUCUGUGGGUAGAGGCCUCUAAAGGUUGUUGCGAGAAAGGUGUUCAAUCAAGUGGGUUAGACAAGCGAGAGGCGUUGAACACAAAUUAAGAACGUGAAUGUGGCGUUUAUAUAUCGGGCUUAACUUCCGGAACAUGUUUUGUGUCCUAAUCGGGCUUAACUUCCGGAACAUGUUUUGUGUCCUAAUCGGGCUUAACUUCCGGAACAUGUUUUGUGUCCUAAUCGGGCUUAACUUCCAGAACAUGUUUUGUGUCCUAAUCGGGCUUAACUUCCGGAACAUGUUUUGUGUCCUAAUCGGGCUUAACUUCCGGAACAUGUUUUGUGUCCUAAUCGGGCUUAACUUCCGGAACAUGAUUUGUGUCCUCAUUGGGCUUAACUUCCGGAACAUGAUUUGUGUCCUCAUCGGGCUUAACUUCCGGAACAUGAUUUGUGUCCUAAUCGGGCUUAACUUCCGGAACAUGUUUUGUGUCCUAAUCGGGCUUAACUUCCGGAACAUGAUUUGUGUCCUCAUCGGGCUUAACUUCCGGAACAUGCUUUGUGUCCUCAUUGGGCUUAACUUCCAGAACAUGCUUUGUGUCCUCAUUGGGCUUAACUUCAGGAACAUGCUUUGUGUCCUCAUUGGGCUUAACUUCUGGAACAUGCUUUGUGUCCUCAUUGGGCUUAACUUCCGGAACAUGCUCUGUGUCCUCAUUGGGCUUAACUUCCAGAACAUGCUCUGUGUCCUCAUUGGGCUUAACUUCUGGAAGAUGAUUUGUGUCCUCAUUGGGCUUAACUUCCGGAACAUGCUCUGUGUCCUCAUUGGGCUUAACUUCAGGAACAUGCUUUGUGUCCUCAUUGGGCUUAACUUCAGGAACAUGCUUUGUGUCCUCAUUGGGCUUAACUUCUGGAACAUGCUUUGUGUCCUCAUUGGGCUUAACUUCCGGAACAUGCUCUGUGUCCUCAUUGGGCUUAACUUCCAGAACAUGCUCUGUGUCCUCAUUGGGCUUAACUUCCGGAAGAUGAUUUGUGUCCUCAUUUGGCUUAACUUCCGGAACAUGCUCUGUGUCCUCAUUGGGCUUAACUUCCGGAACAUGAUUUGUGUCCUCAUUGGGCUUAACUUCCGGAACAUGCUGUGUGUCCUCAUUGGGCUUAACUUCCGGAACAUGCUGUGUGUCCUCAUUGGGCUUAACUUCCGAAACAUGAUUUGUGUCCUCAUUGGGCUUAACUUCCGGAAGAUGCUUUGUGUCUUCAUUGGGCUUAACUUCCGGAACAUGCUUUGUGUCCUCAUUGGGCUUAACUUCCGGAACAUGCUUUGUGGCUUAAUAUUUUUUAAUUAUGUUUUGUGUCCCCCCCCCCCUUUUUCCCCAAACCUUAUUCACAGCCAACUUCACCCGCAUAGUUUGCGAAAGGUUUUUAUGGGUUCCUUCGUCGGUUAGAAGUGUUGGAUAAAAUUAUAGUAAAUAUUUUAAGACCACUCUCUUUUUUAAAAAUAAUUAGUGUAUUACUAGUUGUAUGCUUGUACUAGCUUGAAAUUUCCAUAAAAGUGUAUUUUAAAGGCUUUUUAUUUGACCAAAAAAUAAUUUAAAAGUAUUUUAACUUUCUGAACUAAUUAUUAAACUUAACUUCGUGAUUAAAAUGAGAUAUACUUUUUGUUUUAAAUUUGCCUUCUUGGUGUUUCAAUGAACAACUUUCUUUUUAUUCGGGUCUUCGUAUAGAUCUUAUCAUCCAAUGAUACCCGUUUGUAUGGCAGAGAAUCGAGUGCCCUGGCUAAGAUGAAAAAGUAUCACCGAUUAUGUACAGAUGAAGAACGUAUUAGUCUUAAUUUCAAGUCCAAAAUCUUGCAGGUACGUAAAAAUAGAAAGGGCUAUUUUUUCCACGUUCUCCUAAAACAGCAAACGUGCUUUCUCCAGAAGGACCAUGCCCAGCCGUCUGUCACAGAACAUGAUAUGGUGACAGAGACAACGUGUUGCAAUGUGGUUGACAGGCGCUUUACAUACUCAGUCCUAAAACCCUUACAUACUCAGCCCUAAAACACUUAUAUACUCAGCCCUAAAACCCUUACAUACUCAGCCCUAAAACCCUUACAUACUCAGCCCAAAAAGCCUUACAUACUCAGUCCUAAGACCCUUACAUACUCAGCACUAAAACCCUUACAUACUCAGCCCAAAAAGCCUUACAUACUCAGUCCUAAAACCCUUACAUACUCAGCCCUAAAAACCUUACAUACUUAGUCCUAAAAACCUUACAUACUCAGCCCUAAAACCAUUACAUACUCAGUACUAAAACCCUUACAUACUCAGUCCUAAAACCUUUACGUACUCAGCCCUAAAACCCUUACAUACUCAGUCCUAAAACCCUUACAUACUCAGCCCUAAAGCUCUUACAUACUCAGCUUUAAAACCCUUACAUACUCAGCCCUAAAACCCUUACAUACUCAGCCCUAAAACCCUUACAUACUCAGUCCUAAAACCCUUACAUACUCAGCCCUAUAGCCCUUACAUACUCAGCUUUAAAACCCUUACAUACUCAGCCCUAAAACCCUUACAUACUCAGCCCAAAAAGCCUUACAUACUCAGUCCUAAAACCCAUACAUACUCAGCCCUAAAACCCUUACAUACUCAGCCCAAAAAGCCUUACAUACUCAGUCCUAAAACCCUUACAUACUCAGCCUUAAAUCCCUUACAUACUCAGCUUUAAAACCCUUACAUACUCAGCCUUACAUACUCAGCCCUAAAACCCUUACAUACUCAGCCGCUAAAGCCCUUAUAUACUCAGCCCUAAAACCCUUACAUACUCAGCCCUAAAACCCUUACAUACUCAGCCCUAAAACCCUUACAUAUUCAGCCCUAUAAGCAUUUCAUACUCAGCCCUAAACCCUUACAUACUCAGCCCUAAAACCCUUACAUACUCAGCCCUAAAACCCUUACAAAUUCAGCCCUAUAAGCAUUUCAUACUCAGCCCUAAACCCUCACAUACUCAGCCCAAAAGCUAUUACAUACUCAGCCCUAAAACCCUUACAAAAUCAGCCAUAAAACCCUUACACGCUCAGCCCUGUGUCGGAUUAUUGUGUCCAAAGAAACACAGAUAAAAUUUGAGAGUCCAUAACACCUUUCCCCCUUAGUCCUUGCAGUCGUGAUGUGUUUUAAGUUUCAAGUAACAAAACAAGCGUUGAGCAGAUGUAUUGUCAUUUACUUGCUUCAUAGUGUAGAGGGUUCGGCAUUGGAGUUGCAGGGGUGGUGGGGGAACCCACAGCCUGGGCGCAGGUAGCGGUCAACGUGACAAUAGGGAGGCAGUGGUCGACUUUGGCCUGGGUAAGGCACAGCCCGGGAACCAAGCCGACAAAGGGGUACAUCGCAAAGGGACAGUGGGUAUCGCGAAUAAGUUAGAGUGUGGCUUGUUUUAGUCUGCUGUCAAUUGAGGAAUGUCCAUGCAGACCCUGGGGGUCCACCUUGUCAUUUAUAGAUGGGCUAUGUUAGGACAGUGGCCAGGGAACCAAGCCUCAUACACUCACGAAUAAGUUAGAGCAAUGACUUUGUGUAGUCUGCUUCCAACUGAGGAAUGUCCAUGCAGACCCUGGGUAGAGACAUUGAAUAGGCGUCCGGGAUUAAUGGAUCUUGUCUGGGAGAAUGUAGCAAGCCAAUAAUCUCGGGAUUCUAUUGGUAGGUAGUUUCUCGUAUGAUGAGGUCUUGAUAUAAGCUAGAGGUUUUGGGACACUCGAGAUGAGAGCCUAGUUGAGAUGUAGCAGUGAGGGAGAACGGUCGAGAGCAAAGCCGGACAGGAGUGGAUAAGAGGACAGACAUAAGAAGACAGUAACGAGAUAGAGAGACAAACAAGACAGCCAGAGCAGAGCCAAGGUCUUGAAUGUGAACAGUAGUGCAGAUCAUUAAAGUGAAGUCUAACCAUCAACGUGUUGUAACGAGAUUGUGCAGUAGGAGAGACAAGAGUAAACGAGGUUACCAUUCACAUAAUAUGGUAGUUAGAGAAUAGAGAAGGCAGAAGGUUUCUCUCUUCAAUAUACAUGACAGUUGAAGAUGCAUACGAUAUGAUCACUUGUGUUCUGAAUAAAAUAGGCGUGUCCAGAAAUGCUACACAUGCCAUAACAAAAAAAAUUGCCAUACCAUUACUAGCGAAAUGUAAUAAUUUCCUAUUCCAUCCAUUGCAAUUGUCACUCUUUACACAACAUCCACAGCAAUGCUCACUUCUCACACAACAUCCUCAGCAACCGCUCCUGUCUCUCUCAAUCCAAAAAAAAAAUUGAACGUAAUAAUUUCCUGAUCUAUCCACAGCAACGGUCACUUUUCCCACAACAUCCACAGCAACCGCUCCUGUCUCUCGCAGCUAACAAAAUUACACAAACUUCUUUCUCUCACGUGGUAUGUAUACCACACACAACCACGGUCAUACGUGGCUGGGAAAACUCGUGGGAUUAAUUGGGGGGGGGGGGGGGGGGAGGGGAACUAAAGGGAACUCCACUAUCGCUCACUCACACAACAUCGCAAACAGACCCAGAACAACAUAAUGUGAUCUGACCGUGAAAAAGCCAUAAAACCCUUCCAUACUCAGCCCCAGGUACCCCAAUAUACUCAGCCUUAAACACCAAGAGAUGCCCAGUUCUUGACACACUUAAACACCUUCAAAUAAAUCGUGGUGGGACUCGUCAGCCUUGGACGAACGCUCAUGUUAGAGAAGGUGAGCUCCGAUCAAAGCCGACAGGGGAAUAACGGUGAUCAACUGACCCGAGACGAACAAAUAUUGCUGUAAAAGUCGAAUUAGUUGAAGCUCGUCAAAUGCACCAAACCGCGACGCCUUAGUGGUACACAUGAAGCAAACUAAAAACAAAAAGUUAUUGUUUUAUUAUUUGACAUGAACAUUAAAUACUAGGGCUGACCCGGGGGUGGGGUGUGGGGGGAGGGGGAUGUUUUUAUAAUCCAGUACGGGUAUUUUGAAAAAAUAGCCGGUUGGGUCCAAGUGUUAAAAAAAGUUAACUUCUUUUUUUUAUAAUUUAUCAUAACAAUAGUCCCACAGACAGUCCUACACCAUAGCUGCCGGCAUUUAUACAAUAGUCCUACAGACAGUCCUACACAAUACCUGCCGGCAUUUAUACAAUAGUCCUACAGACAGUCCUACAUCAUACCCGUGGCUCUUUUUUUAUUACUGUGAUAUAGUAGUCGCCCCCCCCCACCCCCGGAAAGCUUUAACCUUUUUACCUCAGUUCAACCGUCACGCAUGACGCUCGCUGCUUGAUUACUUUUUUUUUUAAAUCUCAGUGCUAUUAAUAUAAAACGUGUUGAGUAUGGGGACGGCCCGUUGGGUAUAGGAAGCAGUCACACCAGAAGCGAAAUAUAUUUAAGAGAUAAAAUAAUAUCAUUUUGUCAAAAAUCUGUUACUGAAUGCUCCAAGAAUAAUGAAUUAUGUCUCGUAAAUCUAAACCAUUGCAUUGUUUACAUUCUCAGCUUAUAAGUGACGCAGGAUCUUGGACUCUGACCGAAGAAAGCGUCAAGCCAUUUGAAUCAUCGACGUGGAGCUUGCAGAAAACGCUGGUCAAGAUGAAUAAAAUGGACGUAUGGCCCUUGUUUAAGGUUGAGGUGGUCAAAAGAUGGAGAGAAGUGGGAAGCAGUACUCCAGAACACUU